UUGCGUAGAAACGGACAGACGGACAUUGCUAGAUCAACUCGGUUGUUGAUAAUGAUCAAGAAUAUAUAUACUUUAUAGGGUCGGAAAUGUCUCCUUCACUGCGUUGCAAACUUCUGACUAAAAUUAUAAUACCCAGCAAGGGUAUGAAAGAGGUAAUUGUUAGUAAUAAGUAAGUUAUAAGUCUAUUAGGUAUAUAUUUCCAGUUCUAUGUAACUAGAGCUACAACUUGCUGCGCUAGGAUAAUAAAUUAUUAAAAUUAGGAAAUUUGUUCGUUGAACGAUGCACCUUUUUGAAUUUUUAUAAAAUACAUAUUUGAUUAGAAACAUUCUAAUAAAACUUUAAUUUUGAAAUUAAUUGCUAAUAAAUGGUGACAACACAUUUUUUGGUAAUAAGGUAAUAAAUCUGAAAGUUUAAGUAAAAUUAAAUUGGAAUGUUAAUGAAGGCCCUGCUUGUUUUUUAAUAUUGUUGUAACUAUCAAACAAAAUCCCUACAUAGUAACCUUAACCAAAAACAUUAAAGCUGAAGACUCCAACGUGCAGAAUAUGUAUGCGUUACAACAAAUCGAUUAAGGAAGCUGAUUGAAAAUAUUCAUAUAUAUAUCUUAAAGAGGCAGAAAUGGCAAUAUAAUUUGGACAAAAAAAUCCCGCCCAGUGUGGUGUCAUCACAAAUGUGUGUGCGUGUCCGAUAGGGGCGGAUUUUGUUUUACUUAUUACUUAAAGUUUGUCAGCCACCGAAACUUAAAAUGGAAUAUAAAAAAAAAAUAAUAAUAACAAUCCCGAUCGGGGCAAUUAGUCUCACAAUGUAAGGUUUUCCAAAAUGACAUACUAUAUUAUUUCACAGCCCAGCGAGUUCACGAAUCGGCUAUAAAAGCUGAAGCCCUCCAUCUGCAAAGGCCAAGUUUAGUCUGAUACCAUUAGCUCAGCAUCAGCAACAUGCAGCGGCUACCGGCAAUUUUCGUAGCAGUGCUGCUUUUUAGCGUCGCCGUUUUAGUGCGCGGCUUCGACGAGAAGGAAGCCAUGGCCAAGCUAAUGGAGUCCGCAGAGUCCUGUAUGGGCGAGGUGGGUGCUGCCCAAAGCGACUUGCAGGAUCUGGUUAAGAAGCAACCUGCAUCCACUUAUGAAGGCAAAUGCCUGCGGGCAUGUGUAAUGAAAAGUUUCGGGCUGCUCAACUCCAGCGGCAAGCUGGACACCGAGGCCGGCCACGAGAAGGCAAAGCAGUAUACAGGCGAUGAUCCAGCCAAGCUUAAGCUCGCCCUAGAGAUCGGCGACACCUGUGCUGGCAUCAGUGUGCCGGAGGACCACUGCGAGGCCGCAGAGGCCUACGGCGCUUGCUUUAAAAGCGAGGCCACCAAACACGGACUGAUGUAGUCCGGACCGCAGCCCCCAACCUGGAUCAUCGCUGGUCCAUUCCCAAGCUACGCACAUAUGUAUGCAUGUACAUUUGUGCUACAGUUUAAGAUUGACCAAUAUGAGUUGUUAAGUGAAUUAAAGGCAUUCCAAAAAUUA